AUGUUCCGCCGGGUGGCCCGCAACCUGUCCAUGGCCGACCUCAACUACGGGUCGGCAUCCGAGGAAGAACGGGAGGAAGCCGAACAGGCCUUCUAUAACGUCAUGCGGCGGCUGGAGUUCAUGCCCAACUCGCCGACACUGAUGAACGCCGGACGGGAGUUGCAGCAGCUUUCCGCAUGUUUCGUGCUGCCGGUGGACGACUCGCUGGACUCCAUAUUUGAACGGGUGAAGGAAACGGCCCUGAUCCACAAGAGCGGCGGCGGCACCGGAUUUUCCUUCUCGCGGCUGCGGCCCGAGGGCGACGUGGUCGGCUCCACCGGGGGCGUGGCCUCCGGUCCGGUCAGCUUUAUCAACGCCUUUGACGCCGCUACGGAUGUCGUCAAACAGGGCGGCACCCGCCGGGGCGCCAACAUGGGAAUCCUGAACGUUGACCACCCGGACAUUCUGCGCUUCAUUCACGCCAAGGAAGACGGGGCGCACCUGGUCAAUUUCAACAUAUCGGUGGCAGUAACCGAGGAAUUCAUGCAGCGGGUGGAACGGGGCCAGUCCUAUGACCUGGUCAACCCCCGCACCGGCGAGGUAACCGGUCAGCUCAACGCCCGCGAGGUGUUCGAACAACUGACCCAGAUGGCCUGGCAGACCGGCGACCCGGGCAUCGUGUUCCUGGACCGGAUAAACCGGGGCAACCCCAACCCGCAGCUUGGCAGGAUCGAGAGCACCAACCCCUGCGGCGAGCAGCCGUUGCUGCCCUUUGAGUCCUGCAACCUGGGGUCCCUUAACGUGGCCCGGAUGGUGAAGUACACCGACGAUGACGUGGUGAUGGACUGGGACCGGCUGGCGCAGGCCGUGCAUGUCGGCACCCACAUGCUGGACAACGUCAUCGACAUGAACGACUACCCUCUCGAAGAAAUCGAGGUGAUGAGCAAGAAGACCCGGCGCAUCGGCAUGGGCAUCAUGGGAUUUUCCGACCUGCUGGUGCAGCUUGGCGUUCGCUAUGACUCGGCGGAGGCCCUGGAACUGGGCGGCCAGGUAAUGCGCCGCAUCCAGGACGAGACCUACAAGGCUUCAAUGGCGCUGGCGGAGAAGCGCGGCACCUUCCCGGCGUGGGAGGGCAGUGUUUACAACCAGCCCGGCAACGUCCGCAGGAUGCGCAAUUCCGCUCCGGUGACCAUUGCCCCCACGGGUACCAUCAGCAUUAUUUCCGGUGCGUCCAGCGGUGUUGAGCCCCUGUUCGCCCUUUCCUAUGUCCGCAACGUAAUGGACAACACCCGGCUGGUGGAAGGCAAUCCUUAUUUUGAAGCCGUGGCAAAGCACGAGGGCUUCUACUCCCAGGAAUUGAUGGAGCAACUGGCGCAGAAGGGCAGCCUCCACGAGCUGGAAGUGCCCGAAUGGGUCAAGGAUGUUUUCCGUACUUCCCAUGACAUCACCCCGGAAUGGCACGUGCGCAUGCAGGCGGCCUUCCAGGAAUACACGGACAACUCGGUGUCCAAGACCAUCAACUUCCCCAACAGCGCCACCGUGGCCGACGUGGCCCAGGCCUACAUGCUGGCCUACGAGACCGGCUGCAAGGGAAUUACCGUGUACCGGGACGGCAGCAAGGAAGGCCAGGUGCUGAGCACCGGCGACACGGGUUCCCAGGCCGAGGGCCAGGAGUCGGCCGGGGAAGCCGGGCCGUCGGUACGCGUACCGAAGGAGCGGCCCCGCCAGAUACAGGGCAUCACCGAGCGGGUGCAUACCGGCCACGGCAAUAUGUACGUGACCAUCAACUUCAAGGAAGAGGGCAAGCCCUUCGAGGUGUUCAGUACCCUGGGUAAGGCCGGCGGCUGUGAUUCGGCCCAGCUUGAGGCCAUUUCCCGCCUGGCGUCCCUGGCCAUGCGGUCCGGCGUCAGCGCCGCCGACGUGGUGGAGCAAUUGAAGGGAAUAACCUGCUGUCCGUUCUGGGACGAUGGAACCCUGGUGCGCUCCGGCCCCGACGCGGUGGCCCUGGCCCUGCAGCGUUUUAUUGAAAGGGAUGCAGAGGAAACGGAGCAGCCGACGGAAGCGAAGGCGGUCCAGAUGCAGUUCGUUCCGGAGCCCAUGUACCAUAAUGGCAAUGGAAACGGCAACGGCGGCGCCGUCCCCACGGCCCGCAAGUGCCCCGACUGUAACACCCCGGUCAUCUACCAGGAAGGCUGCCUGAUGUGCAUAUCGUGUGGGUGGAAUAAGUGUGAGUAA